GUAUCGGCGUCUGUUUCUCGCGUUUGACCCCGCGCCACCGCGGGCGUGCGUUCGCGAAGCCGAGUCGAACCGAGUGCAUUGUUCGUCGUCGCGCGCUCUUCCCCUCGGCCUCUUGUCAUAAUCAGCUGCCAUUACACCUAGCUCCUUCGCGCUCUCUCGCUCUCUUCUUUAUUUUCCUUCGUCAUGCGAGCCCUCGUAUCCGACCUGUCGUCGUGCCCGUUCGCGUUUCUUUAUUUUCGCCCGUUACUAUUGUUCUCUCGAUCCCCUUUUCUGUAAUGUUGUGACCCUGAGAAGAAACUGUAGGAAUCACCAUAGAUAUGUUACAAGAGAAUGGAGUUCUGAUUUAUACUUGCAAGAUAAAGAGAAGAAAAUUUCAAGAUAAAGCACUUUGUAUAAAGUAAAAGUCAGUGAGAGAAGAAAGUGCGUGGUGAAUUUAAUUGAGGACAAUACAAGGAGUAAGAGUGAAAGAGAGUAAGAACGAAAGUAGUAAAUGCAGUGGUUGAGGAAGCGAUGGAUCCAUCAAUAUUUGUUCCAUAUACUCCCCAAACAAAUGGAGUUCCAUUGGAAUCCAAACUUGCUACCUACAUGAAUCGUCCAAGUCCUGGCAUAACAUUGAGCACAAAUUCAGUGACCAAGCACUUAUCCAGUCUUUCUCUGGAUUCGCAAAAGAAGGUAACUGCCAGUCCUGAAUUUGUGCCAGGGAGAGGCCUUACAGGCAGUAAUAGCAGCUCGCCGAAUCUCUUUAACAAUUCCUAUACCCAUUCGCAAGAAAACGUAGGUGGCACUACAUAUUUUUAUUUUGGAAAUGCAACUAGCGAUGCUGUUGGAACGGAAGAUGGCACUGAAGCUAUCGGACACAUAGCACCAGGACAGAUUGGCUAUGUUUAUCCAGGUACACCUUCGCAUCUGCAACCCGUGAAACCUACGAAACCACCUUCGUCUAAUAAUUCCUCCGCUCCCUCUACCCCACCCCCUCAAGUUGCUCCUAGCUUUUUUAUCAGCGAGAGUUUACGGCUUGAUAUCCUGCAGAAGAAUGUGCUGACAUUGGCACAGCCUGAUGUGGUACGAUUUCCUGACUUGCCCAACGAAGUUGACAAUUAUCAUGAGUUAUGUCCCUUAGAACCACUGCAUAAACCCGCCUCGACGGUCCUUGGAUAUCAAACUUCUACUUACAAGGCCACCAAUAUCAAAACUGGCACACGAUUCUGUUUACGUCGUGUGCACGAUUUCCGACUUGCCAACACAAAGUGUACAGUACUGGUCGACAUGUGGAAACGGCUAAUACACACGAAUUUAGUUCAGCUAAGAGAAGUCUUCACCACCAAAGCAUUCGGCGAUCAUUCCAUGGUUUUCGUAUACGAUUAUCAUCCCGCUUCGGAGACGUUACUAAAUAAGCAUUUCGCCUCGACCGAACUUAAUGGUUACACCGACCCGUUCUCGUCGGAUCCCAAUGCGCCACGGCCUUAUAGUCACACCAAGAAUACUAUUCUAAGGCAGCAGCAUAGUAGUAUGCUACCAGAAAGCGUUAUUUGGAGCUAUAUCAUUCAACUCACUGCCGCAUUUCGCGUUAUUCAUGCUGCUGGCUUGGCGUACAGAUGCUUAGAUCCCACUAAGGUACUACUUACAUCACAAACGCGACUUCGUUUAAGUUGCGUCGCCAUUCCAGACGUGGUCACUUUAGAUGGAAACGCCGCGAAUCCACUCACUCUCAUCCCGCAUUAUCAGCAAGAGGAUUUAGUAGCACUCGGCAAGCUAGUCUUAGCGCUGGCAUGUCGGAGUCUUAUCGCCGUCCAUCGCGACAAUAUGUCAGCCUCCAUCGAGUUGAUCACACGUUCCUAUUCCACUGAUCUUCGAAAUCUUAUUCUAUAUUUGCUGUCAAGUCAACCCCGUAAAAGCGUCACGGAUCUCAUGCCGAUGAUUGGUGCGCGAUUUUACACACAGUUGGAUACUGCUCAAGUGCAGUUAGACAUUCUAGAAAACGAACUUGCCAAGGAAUUGGAGAAUGGACGAUUAUUUAAGUUAUUGGUCAAAGUGGCAACCAUCAAUGAAAGGCCAGAGCUUAAUAUGGAACCUACAUGGGCAGAGACAGGCGAUCGCUACAUGCUCAAAUUGUUUAGGGAUUAUGUAUUUCAUCAAGUAACAGCGGAUGGCAGGCCUUGGUUGGAUCUAGCGCAUGUCGUAGCCUGUUUAAACAAACUCGAUUCCGGCUCGCAAGACAAGAUAUGUCUCAUGUCUCGAGAUGAGCAAAGUGUUUUGGUGGUAAGUUACGCGGAGCUACGACAAUGUCUGGAAACGUCAUUUGGAGAAUUGGUACAAUCUACAAAAGAUGCUGCUUAAGAAAGCGUCCUCGAUAGCGCAUACUCCGAACCAUAAAUGUGAUAUCAUCACUUAGCGGUACUAUCAUUUUACUCUUUAUCGAGUUACUGAAGAAUCAGAACUGUCGAAUUGUGCUUGGUGAUAUAAAAAAUAACGCGCAACUCAGUUUUGUAUACAUAAUUUUGCUCGCCGAAUCAAUUAGAUAUGACCGCAUUAAAUGCGUUGCAUUUAGAAUAUAAGACGUUAAAUUUUCGGGUUUUUAAGUGUUAAGGAUAUAAAUCCUUAAUUUUCUUUGGGUUUUUUUGGAUUUUCCAGUUUGGAUCUUAGAAUCUUUAGACUUUGGAAUUUUUGUGUAUAGACUUG